UGGAGUCACGUGUUAGAGCGCGAGGCGCCUCCCGCCGGGGUGCUUCCUGUCGCGGCUUCUUCGGCGGCCCAGGGGCCGCGGGAGGCCUGGGCGGUCCCCGGCGGGAGAAGGCCCGGGUCGGUUUCGGAUCCGCCGCGAGGCUGCUCCAGUCUGAGCCUCUUCGACUCCCCAUUAGACAAGUGUCCAGGCUGCCAAGAUGCCAGGGCCAAGACCUCGGAAGGGCCCUCAGGCCAAUGACCAGGGUGUGGCAGCUGCCAAGCAGCUUGGGCUGUUUAUGGAGUUCAGCCCUGAGGACAUGCUGCUGGGGAUGGAGGAGACUGAAGAUGAUGGGGACCUGGAGGCUGAGCUGCUGGCCCUCACUGGGGAAGCAGGGACCACAGGCAAGAAGCCAGUACCCAAGGGUCAGGCCCCCCUGCCUAUGGCCCACAUCGAGAAGUUGGCGGCAGACUGCAUGCAGGAUGUGGAGGAGGAGGAGGAGGAAGGGCUGGAGGACGAUGCAGACUUGCUGACUGAGCUGCAGGAGGUCCUGGGUGCAGAUGAGGAGGCUGGGCCCUUGGAUGGCGAUGAGACAGCCAGCCCAGGUGGCUCUGAGAAGGAACAGGAGAACAUUGAACCUCCAGUGCAGACAGCUCUCCUAACAGCUUCAGUCCCAGCGGCUCAGGCUGGAGGGCCUCAGGGGCUGCAGGCUCUGCUGGAGGAUCGGAUCCACAACUACCGGGAGGCGGUGGCCAGCGCCAAGGAGACAGGUGAAGCAGCCAAAGCCAGGCGCUGUGAGCGCGGCCUGAAGACUCUGGAGUCCCAGCUGGCUGCUGUGAGGAAAGGCAGGAAGAUCAGUGAGGAUGAGAUCCCACCUCCAGUGGCCUUGGGCAAGAGGCCCCUGGCCCCUCAGGAAACAACCGACAGGAGCCCUGAAGCAGAGCCCCCAGCUGCCCGCUCCGUGGAGCCAGACAACCCCUCCCAGCCUGAGACAAGCCUCUUGGGCAGCCCUAGUAUUUCUGGCCCCCCUGAUUCAGACCCAGACCCACGGGCCUUGCUGUUGGCCCGACAGAGAGAGUACAAAGUGGCUGCCCUGAACGCCAAGCGGGCUGGAGACCUAGAUCGUGCCCGAGAGCUCAUGAGGAUUGGGAAGAGAUUUGGGGCCGUCCUGGAGGCCCUGGAGAAGGGGCAGCCUGUGGACCUGAGUGCCAUGCCCCCUGCACCUGAGGACCUGAAGCCCCUCCCACAGGCUUCCAAGGCCUCCACAGCACCCUCAGAUGUACACCCAGCAGUGCAGCGAGUGCAGCCAGUGAUGGCCUCUGACAUCCCGGCCACCCCAGCGGCCCCUACUGAGCCACAGACAGUGCUAGACGCCCUGCAGCAGAGGCUGAACAAGUACCGUGAGGCGGGCGCCCAGGCUCGGGGCAGUGGGGAUGAGCGCAAGGCCCGGAUGCACGAGCGCAUUGCCAAGCAAUAUCAAGAUGCCAUUCGAGCCCACCGAGCAGGACGGAAAGUUGACUUUGCUGAGUUGCCUGUUCCUCCAGGAUUCCCCCCUAUACCUGGCUGGGAGCCCACUAUGGGUACUGAGGGCGAUGUGGUGGCAGCUACUUCAGCAGCUGCCCAGAACCUGGCCUCCAAGGAUGCAGCCCCCACAGAGGAAGAUGAGGACGAGGACAAGGAUGAGCCCCCAGCCCAGGCCCCAGUGGCCAAGAAGCCAGCACAGCCUCUGGUCCCUUCAUCCCGGCCCCUGCCUGAGCCCAAAGCCUCGAGUUCUAAGGAGUCACUGAGCCCAGCUGUGCGAGAGCAGGUGGCCGUGCUGCAGGCACGGAAACUGCAGUACCAGCGGGCAGCCCUGCAGGCCAAGCGUGGCCAGGACCUGGAGCAGGCCAAAGCCCAUCUGCGGGUGGCCAAAUCCCUUGAGGCUCAGAUCAUCCAGGUGCGAGCUGGCCGACCUGUGGACCUCUCCAAGGUGCCUUCACCCUUAACGGAUGAGGAGGGUGACUUCAUCCUGAUCCACCAUGAGGAUCUGCGACUCUCUCAGAAGGCUGAGGAGGUGUAUGCCCAGCUACAAAAAAUGCUUCUGGAGCAACAUGAGAAGUGUGUGCUGUUCUCCAAGCAGUUUAUGCACCAGGGCAAUGUGGCUGAGACUACCCGGUUUGAGAAGCUUGCUCAAGACCGCAAGAAGCAGGUUGAGAUCCUGCAGCUGGCCCAGGCCCAGGGCCUUGACCCUCCCAGCCACCACUUUGAGUUGAAGACGUUCCAAACUGUGAGGAUCUUCGCAGAACUCAGCAGCACAGAAAUGCAUCUGAUUGUUGUCCGGGGAAUGAACCUCCCAGCCCCUCCAGGGGUGACCCCUGAUGACUUGGAUGCUUUUGUGCGGUUUGAGUUCCACUAUCCUAAUUUGGACCAGGCUCAAAAAAACAAAACAGCUGUGGUGAAAAACACAAACUCUCCAGAAUUUGAUCAGCUCUUCAAACUAAACAUCAACCGAAACCACCGGGGCUUCAGGAGGGUGAUUCAAAGCAAAGGAAUCAAGUUUGAAAUCUUCCACAAAGGAUCCUUCUUCAGAAGUGACAAGCUGGUCGGCACAGCCCACCUGAAACUGGAGCGUCUGGAGAAAGAGUGUGAGAUCAGAGAGAUUGUGGAGGUCCUGGACGGAAGGAAGCCCACUGGGGGCAAGCUGGAGGUGAAGGUGAGGCUGCGGGAGCCUCUGAGUGGCCAGGACGUGCAGAUGGUCACCGAGAACUGGCUGGUCCUGGAGCCCAGGGGCCUGUGAGAAUAUAAAAGAUGAGUUCCAUGACGAUGGGGCCCUCACUGAGCUGGCAGGCCCCUCCAUGGAUCACCGGCACCAAAGCGCUGUCCAGAUCGUUCAUGUACUGCGAGGGAAGGGGCUGGCCAUUGCUCCCUGCUUGAUAGCCAACCUACACCGCAGAAAGAAGGGGAUGAGAGGUUACUGGACAGAGAAGAUCUCUCCAGAGGGCUGAGGGCCAAGGAGGCUGAGCAGGAAAGGAGAUGUCCUCCUUGGCCAGGGGCUAGAACUGGCAGUAGACACAAACUUCUUCUCUUCCCUGAAUUGUCACUUACCAUCCUAUCAUUCAUCCUGCCUCUACCACAUGAUAGCUGUGAGACCUUGGGCCAGACACUUAAUCUGUUAGGGUCUUAGUUUCCCAGGAAGUGGGGAUGGGGCACAGAGAGGUAUGGAAUGUCAGCAGUAAUACAUAAACCUUUGGUUGUGAAAAUUAAAAUGAGAAAUAUACUGGGUAAACUCCCUAACACAACAGGAACUGAACACUUGUUCUUCCAUCCAUUCUUCCACACACCAUCUUCUGAACACCUACAAACACAGGAAUUCGAGGAUG